GUUUUUCCUCGACAAGGUCGCUGUGAGCGAUGGCUCACGGGCAGCGAUGGGACGCUGUUGAGCGAUGAGGAGGAGGAGAAAGGAUGAAGAGGCCUGAAGGGAGGCGAUUGCAAAAGAAGUCGGGUUUUCCUAUUUAAACUGAGAGCAUCUAAACGCAUCAAACCAGUAGGAGAGGAGGAAUGAGGGCAGAACCAGACGUUGUGCAAAGGCCUCAAUGAGCUGCAGAACGGUCAGAAGCUGGCUGUUCGGAGCUGUCCCGUGGGGACCACCAAGCCGCUAUCGCUCAUCAAGCCCCCCAGCCAGAGCAUCGCCAUCUCCGUGGUGCCGGCCAAGGCUCCCGUUUCCAUGGUGACGGCACACCUCAACGGCCAGAAGGCGGCGGGGCCGGAGCCGCUGCAGACAUCCCCCAUCAACCUCCAGGCGGCCGGCAGGGCGACGGCCGGCGCCGUCCCCUUCAGCGGCGGCCGGACAAGCGGAGAGCUGCUGCCUCCUGCCCAGAUGCUGGGAACUCUCACUGCUCUGCCCAUCAAGGUGCCUCAAGUCAGCUCACUGCACCGGCUGGCAGGACAAGCAGCCACAGUGCUACCUCAGGUCAGGCCAAAGACCCAGAUCCCCGACAGUCUCCCCAACAAUCCCUGCCAGGAGCUGCAGCCGCUCAGCCUGCAGAGAGUCACUGCUGUGGUCAGCCCUAAGAGCCAGGCCCCCACCCUGCCCACCGCCAACAGCACCUUCAGCUCCGACCACCAGCCAAACAGCCAGAGCAACGUCUCACCCCCCUCUGCCCCGCUGCUCGCUCCAUCGGUCGGCCCCGACUUGGGCAGCCCCGCCCAGCACGCCUCUGCGGGCCCCGGCGUGGCCUACGCCAUCAUCGCUGCCUCCCCCACCACUGGAAACGGGGUGUCAUCUGUCAGCGAGGCUGUAAAGGUGAUCAUAAUCCAGCCCCAGGCCCCCAGCAGCACUGAGGGGUCCCCAGGGGUCCAGGCUGACCUCUCCUCUCAGGAGGCUCCAACUGUAAAAUCUCCUCCAAAGAAGAAGAAGGAGGACCCAGAGAAAAUGGCCUUCAUGGUCGCCCUCGGCCUCGUCACCACGGAGCAGCUGGAAGAGAUCCAGACGAAGAGGCAGGAGAGGAAGAGGAGAAGCACAGCCAACCCGGCCUACAGCGGCUUCUUCGAGCCGGAGCGGAAACGCCUGCCCUCACAUUACCUGAACAGCUCCCUCUACCUGUCGGCACGAGAGGAUUUCUGCUGGAAGGAGGAGCUGGAGCAUGAAGACCACUGCGCCGUCUGUAAGGAGGACGGAGAGCUGCAGGUCUGCCACAACUGCCCCCGAGCCUUCCACCCCAGCUGCCUCCACCCGCCCAUCAAAAGCCCCCACAAAGGCCCCUGGUACUGCCCCAAGUGCCAGAAGAAGGUCCUGAACAAGGAGAACCUGUCGUGGCCUCAGAGCUUCGUUCAGUCCUACGUUACACACAAGACAGUGAGGCAGGAGGAGAAGCGGCGGCUGCUGAGACGGAACACCGAGCUGAAGAAGGAGUGCGCUCAUCUGGAGGAGCAGGACGAGAAGCUCAACAAGACGCUCAAAGUCUGCAUGGAUCAGAGGGAUCGGCUCCUCGGGCUGCAGAGGGACACUCAGGCGUCGCUCGACCGUCUAAAAACGCUCAUCAGGCUCAUCCAGCGAGACCAGGUGACCAUGACAACCGUCGCCAAGCUACCCCAGCUGUGGAUGAAACCCACCAGCACCGCGCCGCUUCAGCCGAGCCAAGACGACGUCACCAACUAGAUCCACCAUCUGAAGCGUUUUUCAAACCCAACACCUACAGUGCUUACGAGAUUUUUUUUAAGUUAUUUUCUAUUUAUU